AACAUUUAUUCUUCACUAAACAUGGAACGUUGGCACAAUAAAUUGGCCGUUGUAACAGGUGCCAGUGGAGGUAUUGGAGCUGCUUGUGCUCGUGCCUUAGUAGCAACUGGAAUACGUGUAGUGGGUUUAGCACGCAGAGAAAAUAAACUUAAAGAAUUACAACAUUCACUACCAGAAAAACAAAGGACAUUAUUCAUACCACAUAAAUGUGAUGUCUCCAAAGAAGAUCAAGUUAUAAAAGCUUUUGAAUGGACCGAAAAAGAAUUGGGUGGAGUAGAUAUAUUAUUAAAUAAUGCCGGUAUUACAAGGGAAACUGAACUAGUAGCACCGGGUAAUACGGAGAAAAUACAACAAGUAAUUAACACAAAUAUUAUGGGUGUUUUAUGGUGUACACGUGAAGCUUUUCAACGUAUGCAUAAACGUGGCAAUGAGGGUCAUGUUUUGAUCAUUAAUAGUAUUGCCGGUCAACAGGUAUUGAAUUUUAUCGAUGUUUUGCCUUCAUUUAAUAUAUAUCCAGCAACAAAAUUUGCCAUAACUGCCAUGACCGAAACAUAUCGGCAAGAGUUUCAAUUGUAUAAGAGUAAGAUUAGAGUGACGGGUAUUUGUCCUGGUGCUGUAAAUACAAAUAUAUUUCCGGAAGAAAUUCAUUUUUAUGUCAAAGAUAUGGCACGUUUAGAACCGAAAAAUAUUGCUGAUGCCGUAUUGUAUGCUUUAAGUGUGCCACCAAAUGUUCAGAUUCAUGAAAUUACCGUCAAACCCAUGGGAGAAAUGUUUUAAAUAAAACUUAAUAAAAAAUCUUGUUGAAUAUCGUAUAAUGAAAUAUUAACAUUUAUGGAGAACAAUAAACAAUUGCUAUUGAAAACCUGCAAAAAGAAAGAAAAUUACAUUUAACAAACAAUUUUAUACAUUUUAGUUUUUAAAUAAAUUUAAUUUGUUUCUUAAUAAUCUAUGAUUUAAACGA